AUGAAGUUCCUCUCUUGGAACAUAAGGGGUCUGAACAGCCCCCAAAAGAAGUUCGCCAUAAAAAAACUCAUUCUGGAUAUGAAAAUUGAGAUUUGCCUCCUUCAGGAAGUCAAGAUGCCCUUUCAAACCUUUGUUGCGGUUGCUGGUAAACUUUGGCCUGGAGUGGACUAUCUGUAUGUUGAUGCUUUGGGUGCUUCUGGGGGUAUUGCUACCCUCUGGGAUCCCAUUAAAAUGAAAGGUAAGCUUUUUGCUAGCUCCCAAAAUUUCCUAAUGGUUUCUCUUCAUUAUGGAGAACAAUGGUGGCAGAUGUUCAAUAUCUAUGCUCCCAACUCAAGGUCGGGGAGACGGCUCCUGUGGGAGGAAAUUUCUAAUAUUAUUGUGACUAACCAGAAGGAUCAGUUUAUGCUGGUGGGAGAUUUCAAUUCCCCCCUCUACCCCUCCAAGAAGUGUGGUGGCCUGGAGGAUUUCUCUGAUAGCAUGGGCGACCUAGCUAGUUUCAUCAAUGCUUCUAGCCUUAUGGAUAUUGACCUACAGGGUGCCCCCUUCACCUGGUCGAGUAAUAGGAAAGAUAAACAUCUUAUUCAAGUCAGACAAGAUAGAUUCCUGAUUUCCACCAAUUGGGACAUUGGACAUAGCUCUUACCUCAAAACCCUCCCAAGGACUGCGUCUGACCACAACCCCCUUCUUCUCCACUGGAAAGACAAACCCUACCAGGGUCCCCCCCCCUUUCGCUAUGAGAUCAUGUGGGCCUCUCAUCUGGACUUCAGGGAGUUGGUUAGAUGCUGGUGGACCACCUUGGUCCAAGGGACUGCCAUGUUCAGAAUUAUGGAGAAACUAAAGCUAAUUAGCAAGGAAGUCAAAGGUUGGAAUAGGACCACCUUUGGAGACAUCUUCAAAAGAAAGGACCUGGGGUCCAGAUUGGAACAACUUCAUAAUAUUAUGGCUACCAGUAACCCCCCGGACCCCAUUUUGAAGGAGGAGGAAGACUGCCACAAGAGUUGGAAAGAUACCCUCUCCAAGGAAGAAGUGUACUGGAAGCAAAGAUCCAAGAUCCAGUGGUUGAAAGAAGGGGACAAAAAUUCUGCUUUCUUCCACAAAUUGGCUUGUAUCCACGAGAGAAGGAACUAUAUCAAGAUUAUUAAGGACGAAACUGGCCAGGAGAUCUCUGAAGACUCUCUGCUUGGACAAAAUGCAGUGGACUUUUUCACUAGACUGUAUGCGGAUAAUGGUGGAAGUGAUUCUCCGCUCCAGGAUUGCCUUGUUAGCAAGCUGUCGAUGGCCAUCAAUGAGGACGAUAACUGA